UGGAACCGCGUGGGGUCGAGGAGCGAGAAGAUGAAGCUGAAGAGCCUCCUGCUCCGUUAUUAUCCUCCAGGAAUUAUGUUGGAGUAUGAGAAAAGUGGAGAACUGAAGACCAAAUCCAUAGAUCUGCUUGAUCUUGGUCCCAGUACUGAUGUGGAUGCCUUAGUAGAAGAGAUACAGAGAGCAGAACCUCUCAUCACAGCGUCGCGAUCAGGCCAAGUCAAACUUUUAGUACAGAGAUUACAAGAUAAACUCGGGCAGCACAGCAACCACCAAUUCUAUCUUUUCAAGGUUCUUCGAGCACAUAUACUGCCACUGACUAACGUUGCACUUAAUAAAUCGGGCUCUUGCUUUAUCACGGGGAGCUACGACCGGACGUGCAAGCUGUGGGACGCGGCGUCGGGCGAGGAGCUGCACACCCUGGACGGGCACAGGAACGUGGUGUACGCCAUAGCCUUCAACAAUCCUUACGGUGACAAAAUUGCCACGGGGUCCUUUGAUAAGACUUGUAAACUGUGGAGUGUAGAAACAGGAAAGUGUUACCACACCUUUAGAGGUCAUACGGCAGAAAUAGUGUGUUUAUCAUUCAAUCCUCAAAGCACACUGGUGGCUACGGGAAGUAUGGACACAAUGGCCAAACUGUGGGACAUUCAGAAUGGAGAGGAAGUAGUCACGUUAACCGGACAUUCAUCUGAAAUCAUCUCCUUGUCCUUCAACACCUCAGGAGACAGAAUCAUCACAGGGUCUUUUGAUCACACAGUUGUUGUGUGGGAUGCUGGUACUGGAAGGAAGGUGUACACCUUAAUUGGGCACUGCGCUGAGAUUAGCAGUGCCUUGUUCAACUGGGAUUGCUCUAUGAUACUGACUGGCUCUAUGGACAAAACCUGCAUGUUGUGGGAUGCUACAAAUGGAAAAUGCUUGGCAACAUUAACAGGCCAUGAUGAUGAAAUUCUAGACUGCUGUUUUGAUUAUGCUGGAAAGCUUAUCGCAACUGCGUCAGCCGAUGGAACAGCAAGAGUUUUCAGUGCAGCCACAAGAAAAUGCAUUGCUAAAUUGGAAGGUCAUGAAGGUGAGAUUUCAAAGAUUUCUUUCAACCCCCAAGGGAACCGUCUUCUAACAGGCAGCUCAGACAAAACAGCAAGAAUCUGGGAUGCUCAGACUGGCCAAUGCCUUCAGGUGCUCGAGGGACACACUGAUGAGAUCUUUUCAUGUGCUUUCAACUACAAAGGCAACAUAAUCAUUACAGGCAGCAAGGAUAAUACCUGCAGGAUAUGGCGUUGA